AUGAAUUUUGUCAAUCCAGUUUAUGUUUUUGGACAUCAAGCUUUUGAUGAGCACGUAAGCGGACAGCUUAACACUUCUCCUGAGGUGAUUAAUUCUUUAUUAAAGCUUAGUAAGGAUGACAAACUUCCUGAGACUAUUGGUUAUUAUAUUGACAUGAGAUAUGUUGCAAAAGCACACAUUACAGCUUUUGAAAAUGAUAAGCUUACAAAGAGAGGUUACUUGUAUCUGCAGGAAGUUUUGAUAACCAAGAUAUUAUUGAUAUAA